UCCUCCUUAUAAGAACAAAACACCCGCCUCUACUCGCGGCAGCGGAAACUCCUUAAGGAGGACCAUGCGGGUUGCGGCGGCCGGCCCCGGGGUCCCCGUAGAGGUCGGCCCGUUGACCCCCAGAAAUUUCAGAGAGGCCAGCAGGACUGGAAGGAAGUUUUCCUUGAACCGCCAUGCCUUCAUUGGAACCCCCAUCUAUGCCAUGUGGUUUCCAUAGCACCUGUGGUUACUCUACAAAGUUUUUAAAAGACAGGAAAGUACAAAGAUUCGACUUCUGGGACCACGAGGGACGAAGAAGUACGGGACCAUCUGCUUCUAACAGAACUGCUGAAAAAAAGCAAUGCAUGAAAGGAAGAAAGGAGGAGCUCGGGGGGGUGAGAUGAGAAGAGAGAACCCAGAAGCACCCAUCUGUGUUUGAUGUGAAAAUAAGCCCAAAUGGCUGACUGGAGGUGACUUGUGACCAACACCAGGCCAACUGCUGGGCACAUACUGUACUUCACAGUCAAGAACAUUGAAAAAAAAAUCCAGACAAAUAUGGGGACAGAUUUCCUGUUCACCCCCAGCUGUGAUUAUCCCAGUAUGUGGAAUAACAUACACAACAAUGGGAGAGACAGGAAGCCAAACGCUAGUCACGGACGGAGUGAUGGAUGUGGGAACAGGUUGUGUGGAGCUACUCAGUCUUUUUGAAUAAUCCGGUUAGCUGGUGACUUUGUGUAAGUCCUCCCUGGUUCUAGGAAGAACACCAAACUGCAGUCUUGGCCUGGCCUCUCCAGCAAGAGCACCAACUGAAUGAACCAGUCGUACCCAAAAGUAAUCCGACUGGGAGAAGCGCAGUUGCUGUUAAGCCAAUGAAAUGCAAGGCAGGUUGGAUAACUGCGUGGUUGUGACACUGUCAUCCCCUUCUGGUAAAAAUCAUCGCCUGCAAUGGCAGAUCGCCCACUGCUUCCACUUCAUGGCCAGUCUUUCAAUCUUCCUGAUAAAUGUGCCCCAGCUUUGUAGCCUCCUCCAGUAUCAAGAGUGGAGUUUGUAUGGAGAUCCUUCGGGAACCGAUGUCAAAUGCUCAACAAAUGUUCUGUUAAGUUUGGUCUGCAGCAGGCUGGAAAAGGAGCAGAUUAAAGGAAUAAAAUAUGGCCCGCGCAGUCUUGGAGAGCACCAGCCAGCUGGGACUCUGUUCUGUCAUCUAAGGAAAAGAGUGAGAAACUAGUGUUGGAAGAAACUGCAUUUGAAGAAAUCGAAAGGGAUUUUCAGGAGGUUCUCAAUGAACUUUCGGGAGAUAAAAGUCUGGAGAAAUUUAGAAUUGAAUAUGAGAAGCUUCAUGCUGUCAUGAAAAAGUCUUAUGACAAUGAAAAGCGUCUGAUGGCCAAAUGCAGAGAGCUAAACGCAGAGAUUGUGGUUAAUUCUGCAAAGGUCGCCACUGCCCUGAAGCUCUCCCAGGAUGAUCAGACCACCAUUGCAUCCCUGAAGAAGGAAAUCGAAAAGGCCUGGAAGAUGGUGGACUCAGCCUAUGACAAAGAGCAGAAGGCAAAGGAGACGAUCCUUGCCCUGAAAGAGGAAAUAGUGAACUUAACCAAACUAGUCGAGCAGGGGUCUGGACUGUCACUGGACCAGGAUAGCAAUAUCCGAGAUUUACUGAAGUUCAAAGAAGAAGUGAUAAAGGAGCGAGACCAGCUCUUGUCAGAAGUGGUGAAAUUACGAGAGUCCUUAGCUCAGACUACUGAACAGCAGCAGGAAACGGAGCGAUGCAGAGAAGAGGCAGAGCAGACCAUCAGUCAGUUCCGGCAAGAGAUACAGCAACGUCAGAAUGAAGCAUCACGGGAGUCUCGGAAGAAGGAAAAACUGGAGAAAGAGCUCAGGCAGAUUCAGACAGACAUGGACACCAGGCAGACGGAAAUUAGGGCCCUGCAGCAGUAUGUGCAGAAGAGCAAGGAGGAGCUUCAGAAGCUGGAGCAGCAGCUGAAGGAACAGAAGAUAUUGAACGAAAGAGCUGCAAAGGAACUGGAGCAGUUUCAGAUGCGAAAUUCUAAACUUCAGCAAGAGAAUGAACAACACAGUUUGGUUUGUGAGCAGCUAUCCCAGGAAAACCAGCAGAAGGCAUUGGAGCUCAAAGCCAAAGAGGAAGAAGUCCAUCAGAUGCGGCUUGACAUUGGGAAGCUCAAUAAAAUCAGAGAACAAAUCCAUAAGAAAUUGCAUCAGAUCGAAAAUCAAAAGUCAGAGGUGGAACAGCACAAGGAAACUCUAAAAAAUCAGAUCUUGGGAUUAGAGAGAGAGGUGGAGGCUUCAAAGAAACAAGCAGAACUUGAUAAGAAAGCAAUGGAUGAGCUUCUGAGAGAAAGGGACAUAUUAAAUAAGAACAUGCUUAAGGCAGUCCAUGCGACCCAGAAACAGAUAGACCUGGUAAAGCUCCAUGAACAAUCCAAGAGGAACCUGGAAGAAGAAAUCCAGAACUACAAGGAUGAGGCUCAGAAGCAGAGAAAGAUCAUCUUUCAGCUGGAAAAGGAGCGAGAUCGGUACAUCAAUGAAGCCAGUGACCUUACCCAAAAGGUUCUCAUGAACAUGGAAGACAUAAAAAUCCGUGAAAUGCAGAUUUUUGACUACAGGAAAAAAAUCGCUGAAUCAGAAACUAAAUUAAAACAGCAACAGAACCUGUAUGAAGCGGUGAGGUCAGACAGGAAUCUGUAUAGCAAAAAUCUAGUUGAGGCUCAGGAUGAAAUAACAGAAAUGAAGAGAAAAUUAAAGAUUAUGACCCAUCAGGUAGAUCAGCUGAAAGAAGAAAUCUCAGCCAAAGAGUCAGCACUUGUGAAGUUACAUCUGGAACAGCAGCGGAUAGAAAAGGAGAAGGAAACUUUGAAGGCCGAGCUGCAGAAGCUCAGACAACAAGCUCUGGAGACCAAGCACUUCAUUGAAAAGCAGGAAGUGGAGGAGAGAAAGCUCCUGAGGAUCAUCGCUGAGGCCGAUGGGGAGAGGCUGAGACAGAAGAAGGAAUUAGACCAGGUCAUCAGCGAGAGAGAUAUUCUUGGGUCUCAGCUUGUCCGGCGCAAUGACGAAUUGGCUUUGCUCUAUGAGAAGAUCAAGAUCCAACAGUCCGUGCUGAAUAAAGGCGAGAGCCAGUACAACCAGAAGGUGGAGGACAUGAGAAUUCUCAAACUUGAGAUUAAGAAACUUCGCCGGGAAAAGGGGAUUCUUGCCAGGAGUGUGGCAAAUGUUGAUGAACUCAGGCAGGAGUUUUUUCACAUGCAAAGAGAAUUCUUGAAGGAGAGGACGCGAUGCCGAGCCCUGGAGGAGGAACUGGAGAACCCCAUGAACGUGCACAGAUGGAGGAAGCUUCAGGCCAGUGACCCCAGUACCUAUGAGCUGAUACAGAAAAUUCAUACCCUGCAGAAGCGUCUCAUCAGCAAGACAGAGGAGGUGGUUGAAAAAGAGCUGCUCCUGCAGGAAAAAGAGAAACUGUAUGUGGAACUCAAGCACAUCCUGGCACGGCAGCCCGGCCCCGAGGCUGCGGAACAGCUACAGAUCUACCGUCACACGCUGCGGGAGAAGACCAAGCAGCUGAAAGUUUUGUCUUCGGAGCUGAAUAUGUACGAAUCACAGAGCCAAGAAUAUAAAUAUGAAAUCGAGAAACUUACCAAUGAACUGAUGAACUUAAAGAAGAAAUACCUAGCUCAGAAACGUAAAGAAUACACUCAGAAAAAUAAGGACAGAAUAUCCAUGGAUAACACCUUCUCAAUGGCCAAGCCAACUGGCCCUCGUUUUACUGGGGGUGGAUUUCCCCUCUAUAGGCCAUCCAAAGUGAAGUCCCAACCUGAAGCUCCUGCCUGGGUCCAGUAGAGCAGCUCAUGAAAUUCUCUUUGAAACGUUUUGGAGGAAUCUUUUUCAAAUCCCUUGGAUCACAAAUAUUUAGAGAAAUCAGUGUUCAAAUUCCAGGAUGGAAAGAAAUGCAAAACCAUCAUCGUCAUGUACAUAAAAGAGUGGUGACAUUCUGCUUGGUCCACAUGGAUAUUAACAGAUUGUAAUUAUAUCAUUCAAUUAGGCUGACACAUUGCAUAAAGCAGAUCUUUUGUUGAUUGAUUUGAAAUGCACCCUAUGUCUAGACACUCUGUAUAGAUGAAACUUUGGAUCUGAAUUUCUCUAUUAUAAACAUUGCUGUAUAGGUUUUACAUUUAAAAAAUAUUUUUGAAAUGCAGUGCAUUUCAAAAAUAUUUUUUAAUAAGAAUCUAUUUUAAUUAUUCCUCAUUAACAAGUCAUUGCAUGAGGUGAGAAAAAAGGACAAACUCUCAAGUAUUUAAAAAGUGUUUUGAGAAUGAUUUCUAUGUGCAAUUUCUUUUCAGGCCUGGGGUAUGAAAAUCUAUUCCAAAGAGACAUACUAAUAAAUACUUCAUCAUAAAAAAUAAAAAAGAA